CUUUGAGACCCCGGGAUGACAGCCAUUUGGGCACUGACUGGGCAGAGCCGGGCGCGGGGCCCUCGGGGUGUGCGGAAGACCGGGGUACGACCCGGGAGGGGGAUGGGGACAGGGCGGCAGAGGCCCCAGCCGGUGCCAGCCACCAGUCGCAUGUCAUGGAACGUGCCAAAGCCCAGCCUCGUGAGCGCUCCGAGCCCUGUGCCAGGCGGUCCCAGCCCGGCUCGGGAGCGCCUGGCUUCCCUGGAGGGCCGUCCAGCGCCAGGAGGAGCCGGGGCCGGGACUGGAGGCUCACGACUCAGCGGAGCGCGGAAGAUGAGGAGGAGGCCGCCCGCGAGCGUCGCCGCCGGGCGAGGGACAGGAGCUUCGGCCCAGGACAAGGACGGCGGCCAGUCCCCCGAGCCGCCGGAGCGGGAGAGCCUCCUCAGCCUGAAGCCCUCGGAGGCCCCUGAACUGGAUGAGGACGAGGGUUUCAGCGACUGGUCCCAGAAGCCAGAGCCACAGCGGCAGCCCUGGGAGGCCGGGGGGGGCUCCAACAGCGGGGAGCCCCCUCGGAGCGAGAGUCCGGAGGGGCAGCAGGAGGAGAACAGGCCCCAUCAGCAUGCCUGCAGGAGCCAGGGUGGUGAUGAGCAGAGUCCAGCCAGAGUCAGCCUGGAGGAGUUGCAUCUGAGCCCCAGCUCCGAGCUCCAGGAGGGGCCAGGAACAGAGGAGACAGAGCCCAAGAGCCCAGAGGGGACCGUCCAGGGCAGCCUGGGGCCGGCAGAAGCCGAAGAGGCAGACGAGCAGCACCAGAAACGCCAGCAGCCCAGGACGCCCAGCCCCCUGGUCUUGGAGGGUGCUACCGAACAGGGCUCACCUCCCCUGAGCCCCAGCACCAAACUCAUCGACAGAACCGAGUCCCUGAACCGCUCCAUCAGGAAGAGUAACAGCGUGAAGAAGUCCCAACCAGCCUUGCCCAUCUCCAAGAUUGAUGAGCGACUGGAGCAGUACACACAGGCCAUUGAGACUGCUGGCCGGACCCCCAAGCUGACCCGCCAGCCCUCCAUUGAGCUGCCCAGCAUGGCUGUGGCGAGCACCAAGAGCCGGUGGGAGACAGGAGAAGUGCAGGCUCAGUCCACUGCCAGGACCCCCUCUUGCAAGGAUAUCGUAGCUGGAGACAUGAGCAAGAAAAGCCUCUGGGAGCAAAAAGGAGGCUCCAAGACAUCAUCGACAAUUAAGCAGAGCACUCCGUCUGGAAAGAGGUACAAGUUUGUGGCCACCGGACAUGGGAAGUAUGAGAAGGUGCUUGUGGACGAGGGCUCGGUGCCCUAGGCUGCCCUUCUUGCUUUCCUGAGGCCGCAGACAGCUCGGGCAGCACCCUCCGCCCUCGCAGGGGCGAGUCCAGCCAGACGCCCACCCCGGCCCUGCCACGGGAGCCGCUGCCGUUGCCUGCCUGGCCUGCCCGCGCCCGGCCAACACCCACCACCGUCGCCGUCUCUCUACCCCUCGACCCCCCGACCGCUCUCCCCUCCCGCCCUCUGACCCCCACUCUACCUCGCACAGCAGGGGCAGGAGAGGGACUCUCACUGGUGAUUGACCAAAGGGGCCGCCCCCGCAGAGACCAAGAGUCCCCGAGGAAGGCCCAGCCUGGGCAGAGAGAGGACACGUGCUGGGGGCCCUCCAGGUCAAGAGACACCAGCGCCUGCGCCGCAUUCUCAGGCCCUGCCCCCUCCCUGCUCCCGGCUUGCAGCCUGGUCCUCCGUGUGCAAUAAAGCUCCUUGUGUGUUCCAA